AUGGGGCUGUUCCUGCUCGCUGUGGCCCUGGUGCUGGGGGGGACGGCUGCCACCCACUGCCCCGCAGCCUGCGUCUGCGACAACCUCCGCGCCCACGUCCUGUGCCUCAACAGGAACCUCAUGGCCAUGCCUGGCAGCAUCCCUGAGCUCACCAAGAAACUGGACCUUCGGGGCAACAGCUUCACAGUGGUCCCAGUGGGAGCCUUCCUCGCCAUCCCGUACCUCACGCACUUGGACCUGCAGCACUGCAAGGUGGAGAGGUUGGAGGAAGGGGCUUUCCGGGGGCUGGGGCGGCUGCUCUACCUCAACCUGGCCUCCAACAGCAUCACCGUCCUCUACCAAGAGUCCCUGGAUGGGCUGUCCUUCCUCCAGCAGCUCAUCCUGAAGAAGAACCGCAUUGAGGAGAUCCAGCCGGGUGCUUUCAGCCGGCUGGGGUCCCUCACUCUCCUCGACCUGAGGGAGAAUGCCCUGGUUUACCUCCCAGACAUGGUCUUCCAGGGCCUGCAGGUCCUCAGGUGGCUCCGGCUGUCCCACAACGCCCUCCACGUCCUGGGCAGCGAGGCCUUCACUGCCCUGCCCGCCCUGCGCCGGCUGAGCCUGGACCACAACGAGCUGCAGGCGCUGCCUGGCGAGGCCCUGGCGCGGCUGAGCGAGGCUACCCGGCUGGACCUGGGACACAACCCCAUCACCUACCUGUCCGAGGAGGUCGUGGCCAUGGCCUCCCUGAAGCACCUCUUCCUGGACCACACAGCCCUACAGGACGUGGCACCCGACGCCUUCACCUGCAGCCCCCAGCUGCGGACGCUGGAUCUGUCCCACAACCAGCUGCGGGGCCUACCCGCCUUGUCCGGGGUCAAGCAGCUGGCGAGGGUCAACCUGGCUGGGAACCCCCUGCUCUGCUCCUGCCUCCUGCUCCCCUUCCACCACUGGUUGGGGCGGGCGUGGGUGCAGGUGGAGGGGACCUGCACUGAGCCCCCUGCCCUCCGUGGCCGGUCCCUCGACUCCCUGCGCCCCCCCGAGAUGAGGUGCGGCCUCCCCCAGCCCCCUUCCUCCAGCCCCACCAUGCCCUCAGUGCGGCUGGGGGUGCCCGGGAGCGGGCAGUGCCCCCGGGGCUGCUCCUGCUCUCCUGACUUCCACCAUGCCAACUGCGAGAACCAAGCCCUGCGGGAGAUCCCCCACGGCUUCCCCAGGGACACCCGUCUCCUUGACCUGCGCCGAAACGCCUUCAGGAUGGUGUCCCCGGGUGCCUUCCCUGGCCUGGAGGAGCUGGUGUCCCUCCACCUGCAGCACUGUGGCAUCGAGGAGCUGCGUCCCAGGGCACUGUGGGGGCUGAAGGGCUUGAUCUACCUCUACCUCUCCGACAACCGCCUCUCCACCCUGGCACCUGCUGCCUUCCAGGGGGCCCCACGGCUUGCCUACCUGCACCUGGACCGCAACGCCUUCACACGGGUGCCCCCAGGAGCCUUCCGGCUCCUGCCCAACCUCUUCUCCCUCUACCUGCAGCACAACACCAUCAGGGAGCUGGCUGAGGGUGACCUGGCCGGGCUGGUGGGGCUGCGUGGGCUCUACCUUGCUGGGAAUGCCAUCAGGAGCAUUGCCCCUGCUGCCCUGGCACCCACCAAGAUGCUGGAGAAGCUGCACCUGGAGGGGAACCACCUGGUGGAGGUGCCCACAGCCUCCCUGCGGGGUCUGCCCGCCCUGAGCGAGCUGAAGCUGUCCCAGAACCCCAUCAGGCACAUAGGGGACAGCGCCUUCUUGCCCGUGGCCAGCACCCUGCAGCACCUCUACCUGGACAACAUGGGCCUGAAGCAGGUUUCCCCUGGUGCCUUUGCUGGCCUCGGAGCCAAGAUCAAAAGCCUCCACCUGGAGAACAACACCAUGAGCAACAUCCCCACCAUGAGCAACUUCACGGGGCUGGAAAUCCUCAACCUGAGGGAUGUGCCUUUCCACUGCGACUGCCAGCUCCUUCCCCUACGCCGGUGGAUUGAAAAGCUCAACCUGCGUGUAGGGGCCACCUGUGGGUCCCCUCCGGAAGCCCAGGGCCAGAAGGUGAAGUUUUCCACCACUUUCCAAAGCUGCCCUGGCUGGGGAGCCAGAAGAGCCAGUCCUGACCAAGCCAAGGCUUCAGGGAAGCCCAGCAAGAAAAAGAGGUCAGGAAAACCAGCACUCAGAGACUCCAUAGAAUCAUAG